AACCCAAGCCCCAGCCCUCCUCCCUCAGACUCUGCAGUCGGGCCCCUUUAGGGCAGCUGCCACCUGCAGUCCCCUUCCUUUUUCUAGAACCCGCCCUCUGCUCCCUCCUGGUUCCGCCCCUACCUGGAGCCUUUCCCCGCCUCACCCCUCCAUCUCAGGCUAUCCGAGAGACCCACGGCUGCGAUGGCAUCCCCUCGAGGAUGGCAGUGGGGAGAGCCACGAGCGUUCGGCCGGGCAGUGAAGCUGCUACAGCGCUUGGAAGAGCAAUGCAGGGACCCCAGACUUGUUAUGGGGCCCCCGUCGCUGCGGGUCCUUCUGCCCCGCACCGCUCAACUACUUCGAGAAGUGGCAAAAGCCCGGCGCGAGGCUGAGGGAGACCCCGAGGGUCCCGGUGGCGCUGGGGAUUAUUUGGUCAUCUACCUGGCCAAUCUGGAGGCCAAAGGCAAGAAGGUGGCCGAGCUGCUGCCACCCCGAGGCAAAAAGGAUGCGAACGAGGAGGUUUUCCGGGAGGGCUCGAGAUUCAGGCGACAGCUGGCCAAGCUGGCCCUCAUCUUCAGUCACAUGCACGCGGAGCUGAGUGCACUCUUCCCUGGGGGGAGGUACUGUGGACACCUGUACCAGCUCACUGAGGGCUCCGCCCACACCUUCUGGAGGGAGCACUGUGGAAUCCGGUGCGUGCUUCCCUGGGCAGAGUUCCAGUCCCUGCUGUGUGCUUGCCACCCUGUGGAUCCAGGCCCCAUCACCCAGGCCUUGCGUUCCACCUUGGACCUCACCUGUAGUGGCCACGUGUCUGUCUUUGAGUUUGACAUCUUUACCAGGCUCUUCCAGCCGUGGCCGACCCUACUCAAGAACUGGCUGCUCCUGGCUGUCAACCACCCCGGCUACAUGGCCUUCUUGACCUAUGAUGAAGUCCAGACGCGCCUGCAGGCCUGCAGGGACAAACCAGGCAGCUACAUCUUCAGGCCCAGCUGUACUCGCCUGGGGCAGUGGGCUAUUGGGUACGUGAGUCCCGAGGGAAGCAUCCUACAGACCAUUCCUCCCAACAAACCCCUGUUCCAGGUGCUCCUGAAAGGACAAAAGGACGGCAUCCUCCUCUACCCUGAUGGAAAGAACCACAACCCAGAUCUGACCGAGCUGUGCCAGGCAGAACUCCACCAGCGCAUUGAGGUAUCAGAGGAGCAACUGCAGCUCUAUGAAGCCAUGAACUCCACAUUUGAGCUGUGCAAGAUCUGUGCUGAGAGGGACAAGGACGUGAGGAUCGAGCCUUGUGGGCACCUUCUCUGCAGCCACUGCCUGGCUACCUGGCAGCAGUCGGAUAGCCAGACCUGUCCCUUCUGCCGGUGUCAGAUCAAAGGCCAUGAGGCUGUGAGUAUCUGUCAGGCACAAGAGAGGUCCGUGGAGUUCAGAGCCACUGCAGAGGAAGCCAGAGACAACUGUCACCAAGAAGCUGUGUGGAAUCUGGACCCGGUGACUCCCGCUGCUCCCCCAUUGCCCCCUGAAGAUCCGUCCCCUAGGAGACCCCAAGACAACGGCUGGCUGACAGUGGCACCCCUCACCCUGCCCAGACUCCGAGCUCCCCUUCCUUUACCAAAAAUGGCCUCAGUUAUGUGGGAGGUCCCCAGCAGGCCCCAGGCCAGGGAGGGGGCCACAGGAAGCUCCUGAGCGGGAAUUCACCCCUCCAGCUGGCCCUGUGUGGCCCCAGAUGUGUCCAAGAUCUAGAGGCCAGGGCACCUGGACUGGAGGAAGGGCGCCCUGGGGCUGGAAGGGGUGAUGAAGCUGAAAUAAAGUGAAUCCUGGCCCUUCAGUCCUCCCGCGUGUGAGGGACACCAGCAACGCCAUGGGGGACAGUCUGACCCCUGACACCUCCCCUGUUAACUCAGGAACCUGGGCCCCUUCACCCUCAGACCUUCCCACCCAUCAGAGCCGUAGGCUCCUCCUUCAGACAUGGAGUCCCCUAACUACAUAUCCAGUCCUGGCCCCCACCCUGUGACCACCUCGUGGGACCAGAAACCCAAAUCCAAGAUCACUUGUUUAUUUUUCAGUUAGGGACCUGGGUUGCUGCAUCUGCUCUAUCCCUAUAUAGCCCAGGCUGGACUCCAGCGUGCAGCAAUCCCCCUGCCAAUCCACAGACAGCUUCCCUCCUCCCCUUCUCCCAAACUAGUGUGACCAUGGUCUCAACCAGACCGCAGACUCUUCCCCAGCGUUGCUUAGAGGGACUCAGGGUCCAUUUGCUUUAGGUGAGACCCUGCCAUGUGUCCAUCCUCCCACAGCCCCUCUCUUACCCAUUCUUCACUGGGGCACUUGUGCCGUGUGCCCAUAAUAUGCUGGAGGAGGCAGGCCUGGACUGGCCUAAGGUGGGCAAAAGAAAACAAAAAUGUUGCUUUGGAAGGGGACAACAGGGGACUAUAGGAAGCCAGAGGGAGGUGCCUUGCCUGACCCAGGUAAUGGAGGGAGGCUUCCCGGAAGAGGGGUGUCGAAACUGAGACUGUAGAGAAUCGGUGUCCCGUGGGAAGGGUGCCGGAAAGUUUGACAGAUAAGUUACUAAUAAUAAUAGGCAACAGAAGCCACCUCGGGAACACAGGGGAGUUAUUGAGAGGAGCUUUUUGGGUCAGUCACAAACUCCCAGGAGCAGCUUGGAGAACUGGGAUUGGAAAGCCUUGAGACUAGUGGCCGCUAGCCAACAACGGUCACCAACUGAAACCUCUCUACAGAACCGGUUUGAUGAGGACACCACAGGUUCCCCAGUGACCAGAUCUUGGUGCAGUCACCCGCUGCCUGCAGUCAAUAAGGCGUGGCUGCCCUUCUGUUCAGCACGCACUCAUCACAAGUCACUCCUUAAGAGUGGUGGAUGAUGGCGGCGAUGAUGAUUUAACUGCUCGGCGUUGCUGCAGGUGGAGAGUGGAGGAUGGAGUCUCACUUGAGUGCCUCUGGCUCAGUGCUCCAUCAGAAGAUGAAACAAAGGGGUCCCUGACCAGGAACUAUCACUUAGCAGAACAGCACUUGCCUAGAAUCCCCCAGUGAGGGGCUCAGGUGUGGCUCAGUGGUAGAGCCCCUGCCUAGAAUGCCCCAGUGAGGGGCUGGGGUGUGGGUCAGUGGGAGAGCCCCUGCCUAGAAUCCCCCAGUGUGCAGGCUAGUUUUAUGUCAGUUUGCCAUAGGCUAGAGUUGUGAGGGGGGACCCUCAACUGAGAAAAACCUCCGCAAGAUCAAGUCUGUAGUGUAUUUUCUUCAUUUUCUUUUUCCUCAUUUUUUUUUUCUGAUUCCUUGAUAGUUUCUCUAUGUAGCCCUGGAACUCGCUCUGUAGACCAGGCUGACCUCAGACUCAGAGAUCUGCCUGCC